AUGCCUGAGGAGGCGGGCUGCCCGCCGGCCAAGCGGUUCCGUCCGGGGCCUCCGAGCCGGGCCGCACUGAUGCUGCCGUCGGCGGGCGGCAAAAGCGGCGGCGGCGGAGGAGGAGGCCGGCGUCCUCCGCCCCUGGCUCAGCCCUCCGCCAGCCCGUACCGGGAGGCGGUGCAGCUGCAGCGCCGCAGCCUACCCAUCUUCCGGGCGCGGGGACAGCUGUUGGCCCAGCUGCGGAACCUGGACAGCGCCGUCCUCAUCGGGGAGACAGGCUCCGGGAAGACGACUCAGCUUCCCCAGUACCUGUACGAAGGGGGGAUAGGCCGCCAAGGCGUGAUUGCCGUGACCCAGCCCCGCCGAGUGGCUGCCAUCUCUCUCGCCACCAGAGUCUCAGACGAGAAGAGAACUGACCUCGGGAAGCUGGUUGGCUACACUGUGCGCUUUGAGGAUGUCACCUCGGAAGACACCAGGAUCAAGUUCCUGACGGAUGGCAUGCUCCUGCGGGAGGCCAUCUCCGAUUCCUUGCUUAGGAAGUACAGCUGCGUGAUCCUGGAUGAGGCCCACGAGCGGACCAUCCACACAGACGUGCUCUUCGGUGUGGUGAAAACCGCCCAGAGGCGGCGGAAGGAGCUGGGGAAACUGCCCCUCAAAGUCAUUGUGAUGUCCGCCACCAUGGACGUGGACCUGUUCUCCCAGUAUUUCAAUGGCGCACCUGUCCUCUACCUAGAGGGUCGGCAGCACCCGAUCCAGGUGUACUACACCAAGCAGCCUCAGCAGGACUACCUGCACGCCGCUCUCGUCUCCGUCUUCCAGAUCCACCAGGAAGCCCCUCCUUCUCAGGACAUCCUGGUGUUCCUCACUGGUCAGGAAGAGAUUGAAGCCAUGAGCAAGACCUGCCGAGAUAUUGCCAAGCACCUGCCAGACGGCUGCCCCGCCUUGCUGGUCCUCCCCCUCUAUGCCUCGCUGCCCUACGCACAGCAGCUCCGAGUCUUCCAGGGGGCCCCAAAGGGCUGUCGCAAAGUGAUCAUUUCAACCAACAUUGCAGAAACCUCCAUAACAAUUACAGGAAUAAAAUAUGUAGUUGACACAGGCAUGGUGAAAGCUAAGAAGUACAACCCUGACAGUGGACUCGAGGUGCUGGCUGUGCAGCGGGUCUCCAAGACCCAGGCCUGGCAGCGCACGGGGAGAGCUGGCAGGGAGGACAGUGGCGUCUGUUACCGGCUCUACACAGAGGAGGAGUUCGAGAAGUUCGAUAAGAUGACCGUGCCGGAGAUCCAGAGGUGUAACCUGGCGAGUGUCACGCUUCAGCUGCUCGCGAUGAAAGUGCCCAACGUGCUCACGUUUGACUUCAUGUCCAAGCCGUCUCCAGAUCACCUUCAGGCAGCCAUUGCCCAGCUGGAGCUGCUGGGGGCACUGGACCGUCAGGACAACCAGCUCACCCUGACUCCAAUCGGCAGGAAGAUGGCGGCGUUUCCGUUAGAGCCCAGAUUUGCCAAGACCAUCCUGCUGUCCCCCAAAUUCCACUGCACAGAGGAGAUACUGACCAUCGUCUCCCUUCUGUCCGUGGACAGCGUCCUCUACAACCCCCCUGCCCAGCGGGAUGAGGUGCAGGCUGUCCGCAGGAAGUUCCUGUCAAGCGAGGGCGAUCACGUCACCCUGCUCAACAUCUACCGGACCUUCAAGAGCCUGGGAGGGAACAAGGAUUGGUGCAAGGAGAAUUUUGUCAACAGCAAAAACAUGAUGCUGGCAGCUGAAGUGAGAGCACAGCUGAGGGAGAUCUGCGUAAAGAUGUCGAUGCCCAUGGCGUCAUCCCGAGGGGACACGGAGAGCGUCCGCCGCUGCCUGGCUCACAGCCUCUUCAUGAGCACCGCCGAGCUGCAGCCGGAUGGCACCUAUGCCACCACAGACACCCACCAGCCAGUGGCCAUCCACCCGUCGUCUGUCCUCUUCCACUGCAAGCCGGCCUGCGUCGUGUACACAGAGCUGCUCUACACCAACAAGUGCUACAUGCGAGACCUGUGCGUGGUAGACGCCGAGUGGCUGUACGAGGCUGCCCCCGAGUACUUCCGGAGGAAGCUGCGGACUGCCCGGAGCUGACAGCUGCAGGCUCUCCACUGGCACCCGUGGAAGCUGUGCCUCUCCACACAGCUAAGCAUGCCUGGCUUCCCAGAGCUUGGAGUUCCUGAGCCUGGACUUGCCCUUUGGGGCCUUCAAAAUUAACACUUUUACUUCCUGCUGGUGACUUGGGGGGAUGUGGUUAACUUUGAGGCUCAGCUCUUUGUCUGCCAAGUAGGGCUGCAAAGGAGAAUUCUCCCAGGGUAGGGUCAUGAAGUGAAGGAGUGUGGAUGGAGAGAGCCAGAGUUAGACCUAUGUGGGGUACACAUACAAUGGACCAUGACCUC